AUGGAUCCCUGCCUGUCAGUCCUGGCUCUUGGCGGCCUGUUAACUCUGGCCUUGGGACAGACAUUCCAGUUUCAGGAAGAUGCGUUUCUCCGGUUUCUGGGUUUAGACAAGACGCCUUCGCCCCUGAAGCUCCAACCCGUGCCUUAUAUCUUGAAGAAAAUUGUCCAGGAUCGAGAGGCUGCCGCCGCCACUGAGGUCACCCAAGACUUGUGCUACCUGAAGGAGCUGGGCGUCCGUGGGAACCUGAUUCGACUUCUCGCAGACCACGGUUUCUAUUUUUAUUCCCCUAAAAUAUCCCAAGACAAAUUUUGUCUGCAAAAGGCUCUUUACUUUAACCUGUCUGCCGUGCAUGAGAAGGAACAGUUCACAAUGGCCCAGCUGGGCCUGGACUUGGGGCCCAGCUCAUACUUCCACCUAGGCCCGGACCUGGAGUUGUCUCUGUCUGUGGUUCAGGAGCCUUACAGGUGGGGCCGGUCCACACCUAAGCCGGGUAGAAUCCUAGCCUUGCAGUCAGUGCCGCGGCCUCAGGGUACCCUUCGCUUCAACCUGCUGGACGUGGCUCAGCACUGGAAGAACAACCCCCAGAAGAACUUGGGCUUGCUGCUGGAGAUACUGGUUAAGGACGACAGGGAUUCUGGGCUUCAUGUUGCCCUGGAGGACACCUGUGCCAGACUGAGACGCUCGCUUCACGCUUCCCUGCUUGUGGUGACCCUCGAUCCUCAGCAGUGCCACCUUCCUCCCCGACAGAGGCGGGCAGCCAUCCCCGUCCCCAGUCCUUCCUGCAGGAGCCUCUGCCACCGCCACCAGCUGUUCAUCCACUUCCGGGACCUGGGCUGGCAUAAGUGGAUCAUUGCGCCCAAGGGGUUCAUGGCAAAUUACUGCCAUGGGGACUGUCCUUUCUCACUGACCACCUCCCUCAACAGCUCCAGCUAUGCCUUCAUGCAAGCUCUGAUGCACACAGUGGAUCCGCAGGUGCCCCAGGCCGUCUGCAUCCCCACCAAGCUAUCUCCCAUUUCCAUGCUGUACCAGGACAACGAUGACAACGUCAUCCUUCGCCAUUAUGAAGACAUGGUAGUUGAUGAAUGCGGGUGUGGGUAG